UCACUUACAGACUCGUUAGAAACGACUCGCCCGGCAUCAGGGCGAGUCACUGGACGUUCGGCGUGCCAAUGGCGCUAUAGCGAUCCGGAUUUACACACGAAAAGCCUUCUUUCACGAAGCGUUUCAUUGACAAGGGUUGAUCACGUGCCUAUGAGACUUCUAAAAGCCAAGUGAAGCAGAGACCUAUUUCUAUGGCAUAGAGCUCUGAAAUUCAAUGCUGUUUUCUUCAUAUAUUGCCUGUUACCUACUGACGGAGAAAUUCUUUGGCUCUGCAAAUAUUCCAUCAAUAAUAAUUAUGUAUGUACCUCUUCUUGUAGCCAUUAGAUCAUA